AUGCGUUAUUCAAUUCUCGCCGCUCCCAUUGCCCUAGCCGCCAGUGUGUCUGCUGCCACUAGUGUGUCUGCUGGACAAUAUGCCACCUCGUAUACCACCCAGGUUGUCAGCACUUUGACCACAUAUUGUUCAUCGGCGACCUCCCUGUCUAUCAAUGGCAAGAUCAUCACUGUCACUGGGGCGACAACUUUGACAAUCACCGACGUCAGCUUUGUCGCUCUGCUCGGUCUCGCUGCUUACCUCCUGUAG